AUGAUUACCUUUCUAAAAGAGAUAUAUUUAUCGGAUGAUUCAGAAUUAGAUGAUAAUUUAGAAGUAGCGGAAUAUGAGCCUGAAAUUCUGCAGAACUUGUUAAGCUCGACACCGGCGCCCCUUCCGGAAUAUAAAACAGCUUCGGUGAAGAAAAGCAGAUUUAUAAUCUCUCAUUAUGGCAUGUUUAAAAGUGCCUGGGACUGGCUAAUAUUAAUGGCUACGUUUUAUGUAGCUGUAGUUGUGCCCUAUAACGCUAGUUUCGAAACCGAAAGACCAUCUGUGGUCCUCGACGUCUUUGUAGAAGCUUUAUUUUUUAUAGGAAAAGUCGUAGUCAUGUAUAAUAUCUAA